AUGAAAGACAUGUCUGAUUGCGAGGUUUACUAUGUCCCGUCCUUCAUAUCGGAGAAGAAAGCGGAGGAUUGGUAUGAAGAGCUGCUGUCUCUUGAAACCUGGUAUCAACCGAAGUUGAAAGUAUACGGACGAGAAGUGAUCCAGUCUCGCAAAAUAGCGGCGUACGCGACAGACCCAAAUCUCACUCUAAAGUACAGCGGCCAGGUUGUUGACAUGAACUACGAAUAUCCCCAAGUCCUUCGAGAGAUACAAGACCAGGUUGAGGAUAAAUUGGGCGUCAAAUUCAAUCACGUUAUGCUAAACUUAUACGAGGACGGCACAAUCUAUAUUGGUAAUCAUCGCGACACCCCAGAAAACAAGGUGAUCGCCAGCGUCUCGCUAGGUGCACCGAGGACUUUUAUUAUGACGCAGGACCCAAAAGCGCAAAGGCGAAAGGCCGAUCAUGCCAGCCCUUCCUCCGUUGGGAACGUCGAGCUCAGAGAUCUAACAUCUAGGCCACGUACCUCGCCGAGAUCUGAAUCAUCUUCCUCCAGAAAAUGUCCAGCAGAUUACCAGGAAACUGAGUCUACCGAAGAGCCGCCUCAGCUAUUUGUUGCCAGGAAAAGCUGGAUAUUGGCGCCAGGAUCUCUCGUCGUGAUGCAAGGAGAGACGCAAAAGUAUUGGAAGCAUGAAAUCCCCAAAGAACCGAAAGUGAAGGAAGGCAGAAUUAGUUUGACGUUUCGUCAGCUUGUGGUCGUCUCCUGA